AUGUCCAAGCCCUUGCGAAUGGGGAACACCCCACAAAGUCAAGCCAGUGAUGACGGUGCCGUAUCGAACAGUGAAGUAUCGGCCGAUGUUCGCUCAUCACACGUGUCUGCCAAUCCGUCCCAGCUUAACGACAUCGACACCGCCCUAGAAGAAUUGAUGACCACUAUCGCUGGAGAGAGAUCUGCAGCUUCUUUUGCCUGCGGUGGUACGAUCCCGAUCUCUAAGACUGAUACUAAUGACGGCGCAAAUGCAACACCGACUUCCCCGCUGGUGAAGGUUUACUGGUCCCUUCAAGAAGAGAUCAAUGCUAGAAAGGUUAUUCUUCCGUUGGAUCAUACGUCGGCAGAUUCUAGCCCUGCUGCUCUGAAGCAGCUCGUAUCGGACUGCUCUCCUGCCACCUUUGGGAGGGGCAAUGAGGAUAUUCUGGAUCCCAGCUAUCGACAGGCGGGAAAGAUGGAGCCAGCGAACUUCACAACUACCUUCCAUCCGGCGGACUUCCGCAUCAUAACUCUGAUUGAAAGGAUUUUGUUACCAAGCGUCAGCGAUCAUACGGAGAAUUCCCUGAUGGGUCGCGCAAUAUUUGCUGAGCUCUACAAACUGAAUGUCUACUCCGGCCCCUCUGGAUUCUUUCGGAGCCAUGUGGAUACACCGCGCUCUGUCAGGCAGGUGGGAUCCUUGGUUGUUUGCCUUCCAGCCGCUUUCAAAGGGGGCAACCUUCUCGUCCGUCACCAGGGCAAGGAGAUCGAUUUUGACUGGGCGCCCACAAGUGCAAUCGCUAUCCAAUGGGCUGCCUUCUACAGCGAUUGCUCCCAUGAGAUCAAAACGGUCACGGAAGGGGAGCGGCUUACCCUCACCUAUAACCUUUACGUGACGGAACCGGAACAUGCCGUUACAGUCAUUCCAAGUUCCUUGGUAGAACCGUGGACUCUUCCACUCUAUGGCCAGCUAAAUGCACUCUUCCACAAUUCUCAGUUCUUCCCUAAUGGUGGCGUCCUUGGGAUCUACUGUGCUCAUGCCUAUGCGCAUACAUCGGAGGACGCUAGCAUAAAUCUUCCACGAACACUCAAAGGCUCGGACUUAGUUUUCUACUCGGUUCUUGAUGCGUUAGGCGCGACAGUAGAGAUCCUGCCCGUCCUUGGGCAUAGGAAAGAUAAUUAUUAUUGGGACACCGACUGCGAAUCCGAGGAUGGCGAAUUGAUUGGAACGGGACUCCACGCGCAUCGAAAGUCAUGCUUCAGCACGGAGUCACACUCUUUAAACGAUAUUGUUUGCGAUGAAUGGCCUCACGAGAGAGUGACGGGAAUUACGUGGUUAACAGGACAGAAGCACUGGGAGGAGGCACUAAGCUAUAUUGCGUACGGGAAUCAGUCCACGAUCUCAACCAGAUACUCCGCGGCCGCCAUCUUUGCAGCGAUUCCUAAUUGGGAAGAGCGAUCCUCAACCUAA